GUGGAGAUGAACCCACUUUGGCAACAGAAGAAGCUGAGAGAGUUUUGUGAGAAGAAGGGUAUACAUAUCACUGGUUACUCUCCCUUGGGAGCCAAAGGAACACCAUGGGGAACCAACUGGGUAAUGGACUCUCAGGUGCUCAAAGAUAUUGCUAUUGCUAAAGGAAAAACUUCUGCCCAGGUCUGUAUAAGAUGGGUGUAUGAGCAAGGGGUGAGUGUGCUUGUGAAGAGCUUUAACAAGCAAAGGAUUGAAGAAAACCUUGACAUAUUUGAGUGGAGCCUAAGCCCUGAGGAGUCUGAGAAGAUAAGCCAAAUUCCACAACGUAAAGGAUGUCCUGCAGAUCUUUUCAUCUUUGAUGAAUCCCCUUUCAAGUCUCGUUUUGAGUUAUGGGAUGAAGAUGUUUAGAAUUUCAUACAUGUUCUCGUCAUUUCAUUUUUAUCUCUGUUUGUAAAAGUAUUUUGAUGUGACAUAAAAAUAAA